GAGGACACGAACAUGUUAACAUGCUUUAGGUAUGUUCUAUAGCUGAACAUGUGGUUUAUUGCAUCUGUCUCUCAGGACGUUUAGUGUCUGAAGGAGCAGCUCUGUUCUGCUGCAGUCAGAAGGUUCAGAGACUUCAGUGAUUUAUGAGCGUUCCAGAGAAAGUGACCGUUCAAAGCGAACGAGGUGCAGCGGAAAGAACAAGGAAGAGGAAAGAUGAAGAUCAGAGCAGGAAGAGCUCAGAGCGACCAGAAGUGAGCGCGCCGAGGAGGAAGAUUAAAACGGAACAAAAUACAGAAAAUAAGAGCGAAAGCUGCAGCGGAUCCAAACCUGUAGGACAGCACAUGUGGCAGAGAAGCUCCUUCAUGACGACCAUGAGGCUCAAGAGUCAGCUCUGUUUCCUGGUUCUGGUGAUUUCUUCUGUUUCAAGAGGACGAAGCCAAACUGCAGAUUCUCCACCUGGUGACGAGCAGGAGGUGGAGAAUGAAGUCGUCCCGACUCCACUGCUCCUGAAUGAAACUAAGGAUGACGCUAACGGCUCCAUAGCGUCCAAUCUGACUUUACCACUUGCCCCUGCGGAGGCGGUUUCCAUGCCUUCUACAGACUCGGUUAAUGCAACGACAACCGAAGGCUCGACGUCACCGGUUCCACCCUACACCUCCGUGAUGACGGUUUCUAUGGUGACGGAUCAUGCCCCAUCCACAGACGGAGCAGCUGAGGACAAACCGAGUCCCUCGUCGUGGGGCUACGUGGUGCUGGCGCUGAUCCUGCUGGUCAUCGUGGUUCUGUGCGUCAUCCUCUACUUCCUCCGCCGAGUCUCCAGGACGUACUCCUUCGACCUGCAGCGGCCGGGCCCGGUGGACCACCUGAACCUGCCCAUCGGCACCUUUGAGCCGGUCUACGUGGACGACCUGGAGCGACCGACUCCGAAAGAAAACACGACGAGUGAAGAAGCUGCUCCGGCUGCCAACGGAACCAGCGUGCAACCGGAGGAGACGUCCUGGAGCGAGCAGAACGCUGCUCAGGAACAUCCAGAUGUGAAUGGUUUGGAGACGUCCCCGGCCAGGCUCACCAGUAACACCAGUGAGACCAGUGAGACCAGUGGGACCAGUGGGACCGGUGUGUCGCUGGACGCUGACCCAGUGGAGCCCCUGGAGGGUCCCAGUCUGAUGUUCAGUGAUGCUGGAGAGCAGCAGAAUGAGAACAACAACAAUCCCUCGGUUCGUUCCAGCGACCCCUUCGUGGAGAUCAACCUGGACGAGCCGGUCUGCUGCGACCAGCUGCUCACCAGCCCUGAAGCUCCGUCAUCAGUCCUCCCCUUCUCUCCGUUCUCCUUCUCCUCCUCCUCCUAGCAUCUCCACCUCCACGCUGGAGCCAAACUGAACCUUCUUGGUGUCAAACUAAACCGUCUGUUCGGUACUUCUUGUUUUUGAAAGGUUGCUUUGAUCCACUAAUCUUCUCGUGUUCUGUUUUUUACACCAACACACUUUAAAACAACAUUUAACUCAAACUGAAGCCAUCAUGUAGGUACGAUGUGUUUGUAAUCUGAUAUCAGAGACAGUACUCUGCUGUAGGAGUAAUCUGAUUACAGUGGUGUUAGAGUCACUCGGGGCUCUGCUGUUUCCUCACACCAGAAGAAUCUCUUCAGUCAGUAAACGAUAGUUCCUGUAGAGACUGUUUCUGUUCAAACACUUUCACACGUUUGUAACGUUUCUGUUUAAUCUCAGACGCGUUGGCUUUUAUCUGCUGUUUUUAGCAGCAGCUCUUCUCCUACUUGUUACUCUUGAUAGAAACUGACCAGAAACACAUGAAUGAACGUCUUAACGCAGCGUUUGGCUCGAUUCAGGAAACGACACAAACAGGAGCUUCUGGUCACAUGACGGCCCACGCUGAUUAAAAACACGAUUAAUAAUGAUGAUGUCUGCCUGAAAGGAGAAAGCCACGACCUGCUGGUUCACUGUUAGACUGAUGUUCAGGCGUUUGUUUCUAUGUUUGUGUUGAAAUAAAUUUGAAUUUGGUUUCAAAAUAAAACUGAACUUUGUUGA